GUACACUUCACAUCGUCGGCCUUGAUACGCGACGUUAAAUACAGACUUAUUACGAUGAUGAUAAAGUUAGGAAAACAAUGAUACAAAGUUAUACGAAUUGCCGAACUGCUUUAGCCGGAUUUGGAAACCGAUGUUUCUAUAAGUGGUUAAAUACAAUAUUUAAUAAGGUAGAUCACAAACGAAUCUUAGAUGUAGGUCCAGAUCGAGCUGCAGCUGAAUGGCUUUUAAGAUGUGGAGCUUCUGUGAAGUGGCAGAAUAAAGAAUGGGUGUUCGAUUAUAAUAAGCUACAAGAUAAAGGUGUAAACCAUGCACAGUGGAUAAUAGAAGAAAUUGAUGCAACUGAAUCAUGUGUUAUGCACAAUGGUUUUCAUUACCUUAGUGGCCUGAAAUACCUGAAGCGUAUUAAGUUUUGUAAAUGUAUAUAUUUGGAGGAUACUUGUAUGAACAUGCUUUCAGUCACAAAGAACUCUUUAAAGCAUCUUGAAGUGAUUAGUUGUGGCAAUAUUUCAGACAAAGGGAUUCUGUCAAUUUCAGCUCUGGAGAAUUUGGAAACUUUGUAUCUUUAUGAUCUACCAGAAGUUAAGGAUCGGAGUUAUUGCAAAUCUGUUUUGCAAAAGAAUUUACCAAGAUGUAAGAUUGAUUUUCCAUUAAUUCAGGAAGAAGAGACUAAUGAAUAGCUUUACAAAUCUUUGAAUAAUAGGUUUAAUGAACAUUAUAAAUAACUCUCUCUGUUCAGAUUUUUGUAUCUGUAAUAAACUCUGAUUUCAAAAAUAUUGUUAUAUUUUCCUGAUAAUACAACUGAAAAUCAAGGGCGUGCAGUCCAUAUGUGCAGGGUGAGCAAAAAUUCUAUCUUUAUAUGGUAUAUAAUAAAUAUAUUCAAAUAUUA